CACGGCGGUGGUGGUGGUGGCGGUGGUGGCGGUGGUGGUGGUGGUGGUGAUGGUGGUGGUGGUGGCGGUGGUGGUGGUGGUGGUGGCGGUGGUGGCGGUGGUGGCUGUGGCGGCGGUGGUGGUGGUGGUGGUGGUGGUGGCGGUGGUGGUGGUGGUGGUGGUGGCUGUGGCGGCGGUGGUGGUGGUGGCGGUGGUGGUGGUGGUGAUGGUGGUGGUGGUGGCGGUGGUGGUGGUGGUGGUGGCGGUGGUGGCGGUGGUGGCGGCGGUGGUGGCGGUGGUGGUGGUGGUGGCGGUGGCGGUGGUGGC